AUGUUGCUAUUUGUUGGAAUAAUAUUAAUUUAUGGCAAUUAUGUUUGCUGCAUUGAAUGGAGACCAAUGCCCUUUGACCCCAGGCUAUUAUUUAAAACUUCUACAAAAGCGCACUUAUCUCUUUAUGGCAAAGUUGGAUCUACUACUAUGGCAGGAGAUAUAAGAAAUAGCUAUAAUAACAGUGCUGGUAAUAAUGAUAAUAUAGCUAAUGAAGUGAUAACAUGGGAAUGUGGUGUUGAUUUUUUAACUAAAUUUAUCAGUGAAUCUAAAAUUGAUCGCGAUUGUCCACGAUUGAAAAAAUCAGUUAAUCAGUGUUGUAUUGAUCAUGAUAAUUGCUAUAGUGAGCAAAGAGGAAGAAAAUAUUGUGAUGAUACAUUUUGCACAUGUCUUGAUAUUGCUACUAAAUCUAGCAGAAUUUGUAAUAAACGAGAUGGACAAUCAUUUUGUGUAAUUGUUCGAAACUUUGGUGAAUAUGCUUAUAAUGAAGCUGGAAAAGAAUCGAUGAAAACUUCAUUACCAAGAAUUUUUUCAUCAACACCAACAAGAUCAAUACGACGAAAAAAUUGA